AUGGCCAACACAUCCACUAAUGGCCGCCGCCUUGCCUCCGCCCUCCUCCUCCUCGCCGUCCUCGCCCUCGGCCUGAUCCCCAAUGCUUCCGCUGAGCCCGCCCCGGCCCCACCGGCAUGCGGGUCCGAGUCCCGCGGCGGGUGCCACGAUAGGAGCGAGGCCCUGAAGCUCAAGGUGGUUGCGAUCGCGGCCAUCUUGGUCACGAGCAUGAUCGGGGUCGGCCUGCCGCUGUUCUCCCGGGAGGUCCCCGCGCUGAAGCCCGACCGGAACCUGUUCGUCAUCGUCAAGGCCUUCGCCUCGGGGGUCAUUCUGGCCACGGGGUACAUGCACGUGAUGCCCGACUCCUUUGAUGACCUGCGGUCCGAGUGCCUGCCCGAGGUCCCGUGGAGGAAGUUCCCGUUCACGACGUUCGUGGCGAUGCUCUCGGCCUUGAUCACUCUGAUGGUGGACUCGUACGCCAUGGCCUACUAUAAGAAGAUCAAUGCCAAGAUAAGUGGUGAUGGCGGCGACGGUAAUGGCCAGGCGAAGGACGCGGUGGCGGGGUUAGAGCACGGAGGGACCGAUGCACAUGCACAUGGCGGUGCUGGUGGUGCGAUUGAUGGGGAGAAGGCGCAACUGCUUAGGUAUAGAGUGGUUGCUCAGGUACUGGAGUUGGGCAUCGUGGUGCACUCAGUGGUGAUCGGCCUCUCGUUGGGGGCCUCCGAUAAUCCGUGCACGAUCCGGCCGCUCAUCGCCGCUCUCUGCUUCCACCAAAUGUUCGAAGGGAUGGGCCUCGGCGGGUGCAUACUACAGGCGGAGUUCGGGCUCUCGGUGAAGUUCAUCAUGGCCUUCUUCUUCUCGGCCACGACCCCGUUCGGGAUCGCUCUCGGGAUCGGCCUGUCGAACGUGUACAGCGACAGCUCCCCGGCGGCCCUGAUCGUGGAGGGGCUGCUGAACGCCUCGUCGGCGGGGUUGCUGAACUACAUGGCGCUGGUGGACCUCCUGGCGGCCGAUUUCUUGGGGCCGAGGCUGCAGGCCGACAUGAAGCUCCAAACGUGGUCCUACGUCGCGGUCCUGUUCGGGGCGGGAUUCAUGUCCUUGAUGGCGAAAUGGGCUUAGCUUGAUUUUUAGUGAAUUAGGUGUUUU